AUGGAGACCAACUUCCAGAGGGAGUUCGUAGAAACAGAGGGGUUCCGCCGAAUCGCCGAUGCUUCCGAGCUAGAGCAGCGAGAGAACCGUCUCCUGCGGGCCGGGGGCUUCUUGCCGCCGGACACCCCGCCUUCGCCCAGUGUGUGA